AUGUUAGCUCUAACAACAAACUCUAGCAUUGACCUCUCCCUACUACUGUCUCAAUCACUAAGAGGACCACCUCCAUCUCAAGAAACAAGACGUUAUCAACUUCCAAGAAGAAAGACUAAACGGCCACAUGUACACUCCUGGACGGAUGAAGAGCUCGACCUUCUCUCGUACCUUCGACAUCUUCGCUACUGGCGCUUUAAGCAAAUCAAGGAAACCUAUUUCCCAUCACUAUCAUUAGGCGCACUCAGUAGAGCCUAUUGGCGCUUAUCACCGGAAGACCGAAUACGCCGGGCCGCAGUCGUCUCUGCUCGGGUUGCCGGUCUUCGCAACGCUGCUAAGGAUCGUCGAAACAUCAUCGACACUCAACUGGAGGCCCACGAUUCUGAGCACGAACUGAGCUCUUGCAGUUCUGAGCUGGUCUCUUGUUCUGAAAGCUACACUGAAAACGACACUGGAACCUCGGUUUCCACCUUGCCAACCCCUGAAAACGAACUAGCAGCACUCAAUCAUCGCGACAUAGGCCGGUACAAUCUUCGCCCCAAGAGGCCUACAACGUUCCCUCAAAGAGAAUCGCAGUAUCUAGUUGACCGCUACCGUUUUCCUCACUUUUAUAAAUCAUACAAGUACCACCUGGAGUCAAGCGGAUUGCUGGACGAAGACUACUGCCCUCCAUCUCGAACCCCUACACCAAGAGUCUCCGACCAAAGUCCUUCGGUCAUCUCGACUCAGCUUAGUGAAGCAACAUUUGCCUUCACCAUGACCGACAUUGUGAAAUUUGAGCAAUUUGGGCUGAACUCAUUCUAUAAUGCUAUUCCCAUCCUUGACAACGCCAAUGACUGGUUCAAAUGGAGCCAGAAAGUCAAGGAGUUCAUCCGAAUAUCCGCCGUUGCUGACGACGGGACGGCGCCGCCGGAGGACGAAGAGGAAGCACAGAAAUGGACUCACCGGCAGAAGUUUUACUCUGCAAUGAUCACGGCCAAAUUGUCACACGAUGCAGCACAGCGAAUUAACGCCUUUAAUAUCAAUCGAGUACAAGCGCUCCUCAAGGCAGUCAAGGACAACUUCAAACCAGAGGGAUCUGGCAUAUAUGUACAGCUGCAGAGACGAUACAUGUCUCUCACAAGAGCAAAGUGUGGGAGUAUUCAAGCGCUUGGAGCUGAGAUCAGAAAGAUUCAUGCGGAAAAACUCCUCCUCGACCGGGACUGCGUCACUUCCGAAAUUGAGCGCAUAUUCUUCUUCCUACAGGCGUUGGGUCCGGAGUAUGAGAGUUUUCGAGACCACACCUUUCGACAAACAGACAUGGUUAAUGUCAGGGACGAAGCUGGAAAUAUCACAACAGCGGCACCUACAUUUGACUCCAUUGAAAACAAAGCGAUUGAAGAAGAGCACAGAAAAGGACAACUAGGCAAGCAACCAGAUCCACAAGCACUCCCUACCUUCGCUCUGACACGAAAAUCCGGGGACCGCAAAAUCACACCGUCGGCGGAUGGGAUCACGUGUAUUAUUGAGACAAUUCAAAACGCUCCAUACUGCUCCUUCUGUCAGAAACCUUACCAUGUGGAAGCUCAGUGCUUCAAGAAAAAUCCAAAGCUAAGGGAGCAGCAGAAGGAUAGUAAGGGUCGCAAGGCAAUGCCUGAUAAUUCGCAGACAAACACGCGCAACUCGUCUAAAAGGCGAUCUAGCACUGACGAUGAAGAUGACAAUGAGGGCGGCCCAAGAGAUCCGAAACGACCGACCUUCAUGGCAACAAAGGUCUCAGAAGAAGACGUAAAUACUGCGUUUGGAAAGAAUAUUGAAGGGAACCUUGCCCUAUUUAACCACACCCUUACAAUGAUGGCUACGAAAUCUCCUUCCAUCCACGAUGCAUGGAUCGUUGAUAGUGGAUGUGCUCAGCAUAUCUGCAAUACCACCGCUAGGUUUGUACACAUGGAAAAAUACUAUGGACCACCACUACAGAGCGUCAACACCUCUACAACCCCGUCAGGGGUGGGAACAGUGAACAUCCUGUGCAACGUGCGAGGCAGAAGGAAAUGGCUGGUGCUUGACAAUGUUCUCUUCGUUCCCUCUGCGCACGCAAACCUCAUAUCUGUGCUCCAGCUUCUCAAACAAGGAGCAAAAGUCGAAUUUUCAAGCCAAGGUGCCAGCAUUCGCAACAAAUCAAACGGGAGGAAUCUGUACACUGCUAGCCAGUAUCAUGGCGUGUAUGCACUUGAUGUUUGGACGAAUCACAGCUUUCCCGCCUAUCACGUCAGUCCACAGAUGACUCUCUGGCAUCACCGACUGGCCCACAUGAGCGAUGCAAAUCUACGACGACUCAAGAAACAAGCCUAUGGGGUCCGGGAUGUGGAACUUGGCAUUGGUUGUUACCAUAUGACAUGCAAGUGCAGAGCAGAAUUCUGCUACCGUUGUGGCGUGGCAUGGAAAAACUGCUCUUGUGAAAGGUGGAAUGAAGAGAGGCUGGUAGCAAGAGCGGAGGAGGUUGUCGAUCGGGAUGCCUUGCAACCACUGGCACCUCGAGACCGCGAAAUCCGGGUUGCUCAAAUGCAGGAAGAUUUGAGAGAAAAUCAUGAAUGUGAACAUCCUGGUCGCUUUGAACGUGUCUUCAGUAAUAGCAGACGUGGAUUUGAAUGCGAAAUUUGUGGGGAUCGUCAUCGAAAAUACAUCCUUCAAUGUCGUCACUGCCAUGUGCAAGUUUGUGAGGACUGUCGAAGAAAUCGCAUAUGA